GAAAAAAAGAAUUCUGCAAAUUUCUGCGAAUUGGUUCUGAAAAAAGCUGCCAAAGUGCUGUUUUAAAGGAAUGUAAAUAACUAUCAGGAUGGGAGCACUGUUCUGGAUUGCCAGUCACUUGCUGAGGUCCUCGACAAGGCUGCCAUCAUUUCACAACUACAUUGCCAUAGUUUGCCACCAACACCUUCAUCUUCACAGACCAGUUAAACCAGGUUUAUUGCUGCAGUCCCAACAAAAUAUGUGCCAUCGAGGGUUAAAAGACAAAAGUUCAAAUCUCCAAAUGGCACAUCUUCGCAAUGUCCAUUUCAAAAGAUCUCCAGAGCUAUUGGUCACGUUAGGGAACAUUGACUUGUUGACAAGUACUGGUGCUUUCCAUUCAGACAACAGCAUUCUUGUACGAACUUCAAAAUCCUGUAGGAGUGCAUCAGUUGAACAAAGAAUGCUUUUUCAUGGCUUGUGCAGUCCUAGACAUCAUGGAUUGAUUUGUAAUAAUCUGAGGACUCCGUUGUCGCUUCAAAGUCGUACGACAUCAUUAUUUUCUUUGACGAGGAUACUUGAUGCUGCACCUGUUUGUGUCCAGCCAUAUCUGCGCCUCGUACGCUUUGACAGGCCUAUAGGCACAUGGCUCCUCUACCUGCCAUGUAUGUGGAGCAUAGGCCUGGCGGCUGAUGCAGGACACUUGCCCGACUUGCGACUGCUAGCAUUAUUUGGUGUUGGUGCUUUCCUGAUGAGAGGGGCAGGCUGUACGAUUAAUGACAUGUGGGACAGUGACAUUGACAGCAAGGUUGCAAGAACCAGAGACCGUCCCCUUGCAUGUGGACAGAUCACCAGAUUUCAGGCACUUGUCUUUCUGGGUGGGCAGCUCUCCUUGGCGUUGAUGGUCCUGCUUCAGCUCAACAUGUACAGUAUUAUUCUUGGUGCAAGCUCGUUGGGUCUCGUGAUUGUCUACCCAUUGAUGAAGAGGCUGACCUAUUGGCCUCAGUUAGUUCUGGGUAUGACUUUCAACUGGGGGUGUUUGCUGGGCUGGUCUGCUGUCCACGGUUCAUGCAAUUUUGGAAUCGUCUUGCCCCUAUAUGUGUCAGGCAUUGCAUGGACGUUGUUGUAUGAUACUAUAUAUGCACACCAAGACAAGGAGGAUGAUUUCCUCAUCGGAGUGAAAUCCACAGCUCUGAAAUUUGGUGAAGACACAAAGAAAUGGCUGACAGGUUUUGCCGGAGUGAUGUUGAGUGGACUGACCCUGACUGGAGUAAUGUGCAAUCAGACACUGGCCUAUUAUGUCGGCUUAUGUGCCAUUACUGCCAGUUUGACCAAUCAGAUCUCCACUUUAGAUAUCAACAAUCCGGAGGACUGUGGAAAAAAGUUCCGCUCCAACCGGAACUUGGGCCUGGUACUGUUUACGGCGAUUGUCAUUGGGACACUCUUGAAGAAGAAGAAACAAGUGCUACCAAAUGAAGAAAAUGCUGCAAGGUCUGUGACGUGAAUGACAUGGCAUGUUUAUCUUGGACUUUUCUGGCUAAGGAUUCUUCGACCGAUGAUCAUGUAUAACAUUGAGUGUGUAAUCACGCACGUUGAUGAAGCUGGCUCUCUAAAUUAUAAAAUUCCCAUUGUUAAUGAUUGAACAGCUGCUCUGUUUCGUACUUGACAUGUUAGAGCUUGGCAUCUUUAACCUCCGUGGAUAAGAGGUGCAGCAGGUGAUAUGACACAAGUAGACAAUUUCUUGUCAGCCUUUGGUGUUCAUGAAAAUGUAAUAGUGAAAAAUGCAGAUGGUGUAUUCUCAUGACAUCAGACACUGAGUCACAUGCAAUGACCGUUGAAAAUGUGACAUUGAGGCACUUGAGCUGGGUUAGGGCAGCAUUAAACCAAAUAUAGCCAGAAUUUCCUAAAAAGGUUUGGUCUUGCAGCAGAAAGGGGGGGCAUUCAAAAAACAUCCCCCUGGAUCCGGGCCCGGGUGUGGUUUGAUAAUGUGUGUCUUCUAAACUACUUGUCAGUCUAGAUUUGACCAGUUCACACAGUGCUGUGUCAAAUGAAGGACCUUUUAUGCUCCAUUCAAGCAAUUGAAUUUUACUAAAUGUGCUAAUAAUGUA